AAAACCCCUUUCCUUCUCUCCAUCUUCCCUUCCCUCGUCCCUUCCUUCCUCCUCCGUCGUUCACUCUGGUCGGCGACAAACGCUGUGAAAGUACCAAAACACUCCGACCUUCUUCCCCAAAGCGCCCCCCAAACCCUAGAAUUCGAACCAGAGAGAUUCGCGUUUCAUGGUUUCUUGAAGAAUCCGAAUCAGAGCUUCAAUCAUGGGCCGCCCGGAGCCGUGCGUGUUGUUCGCUCAGAACUUCGUCCAUUCCCAUCUUGACGAAUACGUCGACGAGGUGUUGUUUACCGAACCGGUUGUGAUUACUGCUUGUGAGUUCCUGGAACAGAAUGCUUCUUCAACUUCCCAAUCAGUUACACUUGUCGGGGCUACUUCACCUCCUUCUUUUGCUCUAGAGGUGUUUGUUCAGUGCGAGGGAGAGACGAGGUUCAGGCGGCUCUGUCAGCCUUUUCUGUAUUCUCAUUCAUCGUCAAAUGUGCUAGAAGUAGAGGCUAUUGUCACUAACCAUCUGGUUGUAAGGGGUAGUUACCGUAGUCUGAGUUUGGUCAUAUAUGGAAAUACAGCGGAGGAUCUGGGCCAAUUUAACAUCGAAUUUGAUGAUAGCUCCAUAAGUAAUCUUGUUAGCUCAGCUGAUGGCAAACUUGAGGACCUUCCUUUGGCUUUACGUUCAUCUAGUUUGACAAUGGAACAACCUAUUUCAGCUUUGAAGGCUUUGUCUCUGCCUUCCCCUCCACCAGAUAUGUCUAUUGAGGCUAAGCAACUUUUACAGCUAAUGUUGAAGAUUUGGGAGUUGCCAAAUCUAGCGAAUGGAUUGUCUAAAAUUGUUAGCAUUUUAGUCUCAAUAGCAUCAUCUUGUGUCACCCAUGCUUGGGGCAGGUCGAAUAAUUAUGAACAAUUGCAGAGUGUUAUUUGUGAAGCCAGAAAGGAUCUUUUUGAGCUCUAUAAACAUGAGGCAGGGGAGGCAUCUGUCAACUUGUUGGAAGAUGGCUCUUUUCUUGAAUCCGAGACUGAUUUGACUGCUUCCAAACAGUUGGUCGAUAUGUUAAGGAACUACUUCUGUUUUAGGAGGGAGUCCACAUGUGUCGGGAAUCACCAGAUCUCACAGAGUACAUAUGUCAUUUUGGGAUUAAGUGUGACUCUUCUUCUGUGCUCUGGUCGAGCAAGCUGCUUUCAUUUUGUCAAUGCUGGGGGAUUGGAGCAGGUUGCCCAUGUUCUUGGCCACGACCGGCAGAAUUCCACUGCUACCACAUUACUGUUACUUGGAGUUGUUGAACAGGCUACAGGGUAUUCUUUUGGUUGUGAAGGCUUUUUAGGUUGGUGGCCUCGCGAAGAUGAAAACUUUCCAACUGGUACUAGUGAAGGUUAUACUGGAUUAGUGAAUCUGUUGUUAGAACCACCACGAUAUGCUGUUGCUUCUCUUGCAACUAAUGUUCUUUAUCGGUUAAGAUUCUAUGAAGUUGUUUCAAGAUUUGAGUCUGCAGUUCUAUGUAUACUGGAAGGGAUUUCUACUGGUGAUAGGGUUACAACUACUAUGGACAUGCUUAUCAGUGCAAACUCUCAACUCAAAAAGCUCUUGAAAUCGAUAAGUUCAUGUAGUCCAAUUGAAGACCCUUCUCCAGUGGCCCGUGCAGCCAGGUUACUGAAUCUGGGGCAAACAGAAGGUUUGUUGUCAUAUAAGGCAUCCAGUAGCUUGAUUGGAUCAUCAGAUUGUUGCUUUUCAAAUAGGGAUGUUGAUUUACAUUUGCUGACACUUCUCAAGGAGAGGGGCUUUCUACCUCUAUCAGUUGCAUUGUUGUCAGCAUCUACAUCAACUUCAGAAGUGGGACAUGCUAUGGAUGUACUUGUGGAUAUUGCAUCAUCUAUUGAGGCCAUAAUUAUGGCGCUGCUUUUUUCUCGCUCAGGUCUCAUUUUCCUGCUACAACAACCUGAUCUUUGUGCAACAUUGAUGGAUGCCCUAAAAGGUGCUGAUGAUGCAAACAAGGAUACUUGUCUUCCGCUUAGAUAUGUAUCUGUUUUAACUGCCAAGGGUUUCUUGUGUAGUUCUAAGGAAGUUGGGAUGAUAAUCAGGAUGCAUUUGAGGGUGGUUAAUGCCAUAGAUCGGUUGCUUACAUCAUCUCCGCAUUCGGAAGAAUUUUUAUGGAUCUUGUGGGAACUAUGUGAUUUUGCAAGGUCUGAUUGUGGACGACAGGCUUUAUUGGCUGUGGGAUAUUUUCCCGAGGCCAUGAAAAUUUUGAUUGAAGCAUUGCAUUCUGUCAAGGAACCAGAGCAAGUUGCCAAUAAUAGCGGAGCUUUGCCCCUAAAUCUCGCAAUAUUUCACUCAGCUGCUGAGAUUUUUGAAGUAAUUGUUGCUGAUUCAACUGCAUCUUCUCUUGGUUCUUGGAUUGGACAAGCAAUAGAACUCCAUAGGGCUUUACAUUCCUCAUCUCCAGGAUCUAAUAGAAAAGAUGCUCCUACAAGGCUGUUGGAAUGGAUUGAUGCUGGUGUAGUCUAUCAUAAAAAUGGGGCUAUUGGGCUUCUGCGGUACGCUGCUGUCUUAGCUUCUGGAGGAGAUGCUCUCUUAAAUUCGACUACCACAAUAGUGUCAGAUUUGACUGAUAUAGAAAACAUUAUUGGAGAUUCCUCCAACGGCUCUGACAUUAAUGUGAUGGAGAAUCUUGGAAAAUUCAUCUCUGAGAAGACUUUUGAUGGAGUAAUCCUCCGGGACUCUUCUGUAGUACAGUUGACAACAGCUUUAAGAAUUUUGGCUUUCAUUUCUGAGAACUCGUCUGUCGCUGCUGCUCUCUACGAUGAAGGUGCGAUAACGGUCAUCUACACUCUUCUGGUCAACUGUAGGUUCAUGCUUGAGAGGUCUUCAAACAGUUAUGAUUACCUUGUUGAUGAUGGCACAGAAUGCAAUCCUUCAUCAGAUUUACUAUUGGAACGUAAUCGCGAGCAGGGUUUAGUUGAUCUUUUGGUUCCUUCCCUUGUGUUGUUGAUCAACCUCUUGCAGAACUUACAGGAAGCUGAAGAGCAGCAUAGAAAUACCAAACUAAUGAAGGCCCUGCUUCGACUACAUCAAGAAGUUAGUCCAAAGUUAGCAGCAUGUGCUGCAGACUUAUCCUCCACUUAUCCGGACUCUGCCCUUGGUUUUGGGGCUAUUUGCCAUCUCGUUGCAUCGGCACUUGCUUGUUGGCCAGUAUAUGGCUGGUCUCCCGGUCUCUUCCAUUCCCUCCUUGCGAGCAUUCAAUCUACUACACUGCUGACGUUGGGUCCCAAGGAAACCUGCAGCUUGCUCUAUCUUCUGAAUGAUUUUUUGCCCGAAGAAGGUGUAUGGCUUUGGAGAAAUGGUUUGCCUUUGUUGAGUCCCCUUAGAGCAUUGUCUGUUGGGACAUUAUUGGGACCUAGGAAAGAAAGCAAGGUCAACUGGUAUCUUCAGCCUGUGCACCUGGAGAAGUUGCUUGGUCAAUUGAUGCCACAGCUUGACAAAAUUGCCCAGAUUAUCCAGCAUUAUGCUAUCUGUGCACUUUCCGCAAUUCAAGACAUGCUACGUGUUUUUAUUGUACGCAUUGGGUUCCAAAAGCCCGAAACAUUUUCUGUGCUUCUGCAACCCAUAUUGUCAUGGGUCAAUGAACGUGUUUCUGAUUCGUCUUCAUCUGAAUUGGAUGUCUUCAAGGUUUACAGAUAUCUUGAUUUUCUUGCUAGCUUAUUGGAGCAUCCACAUACCAAGGCAUUCUUGUUAAAGGAGGGUUUCAUUCAGAUGCUAACUAGAGUGCUGAGGAGGUGUUUUGCUGCCACUGAUUCAGAUGGCAAACAAAUUUUAGAUGGUAGAAGUUCAGCUAAAUGUGGAUCUACUAUGCUUAGUUGGUGUGUUCCUGUAUUCAAGUCCUUCUCACUAUUAUGGUCUCCUCAAACAUCUAGACACCAUGCUGGAAAGUAUAAUUUGAAUGAUUUUGAAAAAGCAAGCACUGAAGACUCUCUGACGAUAUUAUCUUAUCUCCUCAAGUUCUGUCAGGUCCUACAAGUUGGAAAAGAGUUACUUGCAUGUCUUACUGCUUUCAAAGAAUUAGGUUCCUCUACUGUGGGUCAGAGUUCUUUGGCAGCUAUUUUUCAUCGUAUCGUAUCUGGAAAUGAGGAACUUGGAUCACACAAAAGAUAUGAAAGGGACAGCAUUGGAAAUUACGGUUUUCUUAAUGAAUUUGAAUGGAGAAAAAAGCCCCCUUUGCUGUAUUGCUGGAAGAAAUUGUUGCAAUCAAUUGAUAAAGAUGGUUGUACAGAUUAUGCAAUUGAGUCUAUCAGUGCAUUGUCUUUGGGUUCUUUAUUCUUUUGUAUGGAUGGGAAAAGUUUGAAUUUGGAUCAGGUGGUUGCCUUGAAAUUUCUUUUUGGCAUUACUGAUGCUAGAGAUGGAACAGAUGGGGCUCCUGAAGAAAACAUAAACGACCUACAUGAAUUAACAUCUCUAUUGAAUUCAAAGAUUGAAGCUGAUAAAUAUAUAGCCGACCAUGAUAAGCAAACUGCUAUAUAUCAGGUUUUAGAUACUACAAAGUCUUUGUUGUUGAUGCUGCAAAAGCCUGCUGGUUCAGUAACAGUGGAUGAUGUAUUUUCUAGUGAUGGGGUUCCUGCGACGUCUGAUGAGGUCCUGUUUUCUUUAAACAUCCAUUUGAUGUCAGAUGUCAGCACCAAAAAGUCUGAAGACAAUCUUUUUCUAGGAUUUGAAGAAAAAUUCCUGUGGGAAUGCCCAGAAACACUACCUGAUAGGUUAUCACAGACGACACUUUCUGCAAAAAGGAAAAUGCCAUUGGCGGAAGGUUCGAAUAGGCGUGCUAGAGGAGAAAAUUUACCAGCAGAGAUUUCAACCCAAAAUUCAUUUGCUCGAGGAUUGGGGUCAUCCACUACUUCUUCUGCUCCUACUCGGAGGGAUACCUUUCGGCAGCGCAAACCAAACAGUAGCAGGCCCCCCUCUAUGCACGUGGAUGACUAUGUUGCAAGAGAAAGAAAUGUUGAUGGUGUUGCUAACUCUAAUGUAAUUGCAGUCCAGCGAGUAGGAGCUACUGGUGGAAGACCUCCUUCGAUUCAUGUGGAUGAAUUUAUGGCUAGACAGAGGGAGCGCCAGAAUCCUGGGUCAGCGGUUGUUGCGGAUCCAACAACACAGGUGAAGAAUGCCGCUCCUUUGAGUGAGACAGCUCCAGAGAAGUCCAGUAAACCUAAGCAACUGAAGACGGAUAUUGACGAUGAUCUUCAUGGGAUUGAUAUAGUUUUUGAUGGUGAUGAGUCUGAAUCUGAUGACAAAUUACCAUUUCCUCAGCUGGACGAUAAUCUGCAGCAGCCUGCUCCUAUGAUCGUUGAGCAAAAUUCUCCACACUCUAUUGUUGAAGAAACAGAGAGUGAUGUUCAUGAGAGUAGUCAAUUUUCAUGUUUGGGUACACCCUUAGCAUCUAAUGUGGAUGAAAACACACACAGUGAAUUUUCUUCCAGGAUGUCAAUUUCACGUCCUGAAAAGCCAUUGACUCGAGAACCAAGUGUUUCUUCAGAUAAGAAGUAUUUUGAGCAGUCUGACGACAUGAAGAAUGUCAUAACAGUCAAGACUUCUGGCGGGUUUGAUUCUUCUGCAGCGAUAAACAAUCCUCGGUUUCCUGGUUCUGUAUAUAGUAAUGCAUCUACAUCAUUACCGCAUUUACCUGUGGAUAUUAGGAUGACUCCCCAAAAUUUACCUCCCAAGAACAUCCCACAACCUGCUAUUACCGUACCUGUAGCUACAGGGUCUCAAGGGCUUUAUGACCAGAGGUUUCUGUUAAAUCAACCUCCUUUACCUCCAAUGCCACCACCUCCAACAGUUGCACCUGUGAUAUCUCAGAGUUCUGAUUCAGUUCCAAACCACUCAUCCCCAUAUGUGAAUUCUAUGACUGAUGUCCAGCAGCCGUUUCCACCGGGUUUCCAAGUUAAUCCGGAGUAUCUUUCCACAUUCAACAACAGUUCCACAUCGUUAGGGUCUUCCCUUCCCAUGGCAGAUUCUAAGUUCUCAAGGACUUCCAUCACUUCUCCUGGUGGAUGUGCUAGGCCACCUCCCCCACUUCCUCCUACACCACCUCCUUACUCAUCUAGUCCAUAUAAUAUGGCAUCAAACAAAACUCUUACUUCUCAAUCUUUAGCGCACAAUCAGAUGGGUAUUGGAACAGCUGAGCUUCCUCAGAGCUCUGUUGCACCUUCUUCAUCCGGGGCCAGAGCAAAUGCUUAUGCAGCUCUUCCCCAACUACAACACCCUGCUUUUAAUAGGCCGGGUUCAAUCCCUGUGAAUCUUUAUGGAAACUUUCCAACUCAGCAGGCUGAAAAUCCUCCAAGUAUCUUGCAGAAUCUCUCCAUUCCUCAGUCCUCCAUUCAGUCUAUUCAUUCCCUUGGUCAGUUGCAGCCGCUGCAGCCGCCUCAACUUCCACGUCCUCCACAGCCACCCCAACACCUUAGGCCACCUAUUCAAGCUUCUCAACAGUUGGAACCAGGGGUGUCCUUGCAAAGCCCUGGUCACAUGCAAAUCCAGUCCUUACAGAUGCUGCAACAACCACAAGUUCGCCCCAUGAGCACGUUUUACCAAUCCCAGCAGCAAGAGUUUUCUCAUGCACUGAAGCAACAUCAAAUUGAACAUGCUCAACCUCAAGUCAUGAACCCAUCUAUGGAGACUCCAUCUCAACAGCAACAAGAUUCAGGGAUGUCAUUACAGGAGUUUUUCAAGUCUCCAGAAGCUAUUCAGUCUUUGUUGAGUGACCGGGAUAAACUAUGCCAGCUUUUGGAGCAGCAUCCAAAGUUAAUGCAAAUGCUUCAGGAGAGAUUGGGCCAACUAUAGGGAGAAGAUAUAGAAGUAAAGGAUGCUCGGACUUGGGGGCCUAUAGCUACUUGUCCUGUAAAUUAAAAUGCAGCUCUAGUAGGAUUUAGCUUCAUUCAAUCACUUUUUACCCCCUGAAAUUUUGUACUAUUGAUGUACUAUAAAAAUUUUUGUUUUGUAAUUUUGUUCUUUGUGUGCGGUGGCCUGGUUACGCAGGAUUGCGACCCUCGAUGGUUCUUGACCUGCUCUCAACCUUAAAUGGUUUGGAACCUUGGUUCGGGUCUUCUACUAAAUGCAAGAAGGCCAUGCCCGUGGACGACGUUUUACAUGAUGUGUUUCAUUCUUUUUUGGUGUAUCAUUGAAUUCCUUGCCUUUUUUCUUUAAAAGAUGUAAUUACUUAGUCCUCACCUAAUUCAUCCGUGGCAAAUGCAUUUCGUCUAUAGUUUCUAGUUUGUUUAUGUAGCCCAAGCUUCUCACAAGAUAAAAGUGAAGAAUUCUUGGAUUGCGGAA